AUGGUUGGACUAUCGCCCAAGUUGAGCUCAAUCGGUAGAGCUGGGCCCAGUCUAGUCUUCUCUAAUCUUGGGCAAACAGUACAGCAAGUGAGAUUCUAUGAAGAAGCCAUAAAAGCUAUUUUGUUUGCAUCCUUUGACAGAAAGACUGCCCUCCUCUCCAUCACGUUCCUGGCCUGGUGUAUGGUUCCUCAUGGUCAGAUGCUAUUUUGGAGCACUGACGUCUUGCAUGGCCGACUUUGGACUGUGGAGCUGCUUUGGAAUAUUUCCGUUAGGCCUCUUAUCCAGACAUCGGUUUUGUAUCUAGAAGAAGACCGAGUGGGGAAACAUCCCUUAGUCUUUCACGGAGGAAAGUCUCAGGCUUCCGCUUUGUAG